AUAUCUAUGUUGGCGGGACCUGUAGAAUUUGUUGAAGUGCGUGGAGGCUGAUCCGGAUACUAUGUUACAAUUGGGUGGACAUGAUUAUACUAAGAACUUUACUCCUUAAAGCUUCCUUUUCCAAAUCUUCCUUCACGGUUCCAACACAUACUGGUUCCUUUGAUGCUUUCGCAGAAUGGCCACAUGAGGCCCAUAUGAUUGUGAACGAAAAUAAAAUAACAAUGAGAGACCUAUAUCCCCUGCCCAAGUAGCUCCUAAUUCCGUCUCGUUAAAAAAAUAAUUUUAUUCAGGGAAAUCAUUUAGUUGCAUUUCAGUAAAAGCCGCAACUAUUAUUUUAUCAUUUCAAAAGAAAAAACCAAAAGCAAUUAUUCCAAAAAAAAAAUUAAAAAAAAAAUCUCUCAGAUCCUAGCCAAAUAUGCACUUUGCCCUUUAAAAAACACAAUUAGAGUAAAACUAAACAACUAUUAAAACGUUUCUAAAUCCAAAAGCCAUUAUUUUGGUCACUUAACUAAUAAAGGAUGGGGUCACUUUUAACGGUACAAGUCAAAAACCGAAUCCCAAGGAAGGCUGAUGAAAGGUUAGGCGCCAAAACCAGUUUAUAAAUAAGCGAGUACUGGAGGAAAAAACAUGUAACGUAAAAUGGUGAUGCUUUGCUUCGUCUUGGAUCUACGGAGCUUAUCACCUCCAUUGCUUCGCGACUUGAAGCAGUCGAUGUUACAGCUCGCAAAUUUCUACGCGAUAUCGUCUUCAACUAAUAGUACAGGCAGUUCGAGAUUGAAACCCUUGCUUGAUAGCAUUGGACUUUGCUAUGUGUUCAAAAAUCGGAUCUCACGCAUUGAUGAACUUAAGGUAGCUUAUAGUCCACGAGGGAACUUCAAUCUCCGCGAUUUCCAUCAUGCUGUGAAUAAUUUGCCUUUGGAUGCCUUUUUACCUGAUUUCAACGGUUCUGGAGCUCUUUGUUGUAGCGAUUUGAAACUUUGCAGUAUCCUAAAUGGCAAAGUUUUGUACUCAUGGGGAGGUCAUAGUAAAGAUAUUACGAGAAAGGUGGUUUUGAUUAGUUCCUCCAUAUUUGAAACCAUGGACUCUGCUACCAAAAAGGCUCUCGCGGAUGCAGCAGAUAACUGUGUUUCGGUAGAGUUUGUUUUUCUGGAGCAAAAUUCAAGUCAUCUUGUUGAUACUCCUGGAAGUAUUAACAAAUUCCUGAAACAGAUUGGUGAUCUCGAGAACUGCUCAUUUCAAAACUAUAUUCCAGAUGCACAUGCUUUGUCUGGCUUGGUAAAGAAAUGGUUUCAGGAACUGAAGGAGGACUUGGAAGAACAAUUGGAGGCUCGUUUUGUCUUUAAGAGCAAUCUUUUAGGCUCAAUAAACCAGAUAUCCUGCAACUUGUGCACCUCUUUCAACCAGAUAAUCGAUGAAUUCGUUCCUUGUAAGUCAUGCAGGUGUCAUGGCAUUCCAUUUGACAACUCAAAAAUGAUUCGGACCAAUAUCUCUUCUUGUUCCGUAACCGGCAUUGAGCUUGGAGCACUGGAUUUGGUUGAUAGCUCUGUGAAGAUAGGAGAACAUACAGUCCUCUAUAUGCCCUCUUUCCAAUGUUGCCAGGACAUUCAGAAAGUUUGUUUACCAAUUAACUUCAAUGUUAUUGAGAGAACUUACUUGAGCUCACUUGAUGAAGGGGUUAUUUUAGGUGCUUCCUACAUUGUUACCCCAGCCUUCUCUGAGUUGGAUGAUACUGACAAAUCAGAGCUAAAUGUUAAACUUUUUCAAGUGCUGUGUGGUGUACUGCAUUCCCUUGACCAGGGUUUGGUUUGCUCAUCAAAUUGUAACGUAGAAACUGCAAAGCAAACUUCCUUCCUGUGCUAUUAUAUUCUUUUACCUUCAGAGAAAGGAGUGAUGAUUCUCAGAAGGCUUGCUGGAUCAGAGGAAGUCUUGCCUGUCCCUGACAUCACUAAUAUUGCUUGCAUCCGAGUCAAUGAGGAUAUUGAAAAUUCUCUGCAAGCCUCUUUGCUUAAGAUUGAAUUAAGAAAUUAUGAUCCAGUUCAGCACGACAGGGGCUUUCAUCAAAGACUAAACUUGCUUGUCAAAGAGAGCCUACAAUUUGGGGCAAUACCUGCUAAGGCUAAAGAACUGGUUACAGCAUCAAACACAGCCCUGCAAGACCCUAUGCUAGAAGAUUUAUCAGUACAAGCCAACAAUGUGGAGGUUAUAGAAGACAAUGUGUUGGAUAGCAAAUUGACUGAUGGUAAAACUAGUGCUAAAAUUACAGAAGAAUGGGAACAGCUGGUUGUAUCUGAGAUGCCAAAGAUGUCUUCUCCCACUUGUAUCUCCAAGCCGAAGUUGGAUAAGAAGGUUUUAUCUCACCCACAAAGUACUGUGAAACUUGAUGACAAAACUUCACGAAUCCUUGAAAGGCUGGAGAUACCAAAGCAGCUAAAAAGAAAAGCAGCUUCCCCUACAUUGUCAGUUUCCCAAACAGUGUCAAGCUCUUCAGUAAAGAAGCCUUUGAUCCCCUUUGGACCCAGCAAUACUAACAGUCAGGCAAUUGUUUCGAGCCAGCCCAUAAAGCCCAACUUUCAGAGGCUAAAGAAGAAAAGAUAACUAGGAAAAUCCUUUUCAAGCAGAAAGCUUUCAGAAUGCAGAGAGGUCCAUGAGGUCCGCCUUCUGAUUCGAUGUUGUUUUGGUAUCUCUAUUUUCUAGCAUGCCGUCUUUCAUAAGAUAACUAAUCACGUGCAUAAGAUGUUCUAUAUUGUACCUCAAUCUUAACGUUCUUGAACUAUUAAUGAUUCUGGAGGGUCAUGAUUACCACCAUACCUUGUGAUAUGCCUUUCAAAUUUUGAAAUGAAGAGCUUUGAAAUUUUUACUCUACAAUUUAGCCAAGAUUAAGGAACUUGUCAGGAGAAAUAUCCUUGUAGCUUAAGCUUUGACUGUUGACGGUGAAUCAUUAUAAAGAAAGAACUUGUCCGGGGUAAAUGAACUGGAAACACAUAUCUCAGAAACGACAAGUUCAAUUACUGUAGUUAAAUGCGAUGCAUUCUUGCAUUAUUACAUUUUGAAAGAUGGAUGUAUCAAACCAUAGUUCUAAAUUCAAGAAGGGUGAUGCUUCAUCGUUCACCUAAUAUUCAGGACGGAGAUCAGAUGGAUACUCUUCGGGAGACUAGAAAGACUUGUUAGUGAGUUCUUUAUUUGUCUUUUUUUUAACUUCAUGAAGAGUGAGGCAUUAUGUUCUCAAAUAUAAGGUGGAAUGAGGACCUUUAGCUCGUUUGUGGAUUUCCACCAUAUUCUUCACUCUUUUUUCCUUUUUCUUCAUUUUUGGCCAGUGUUGUUCCUUUUCCUGGUGCUUAAAAAUUGCUUUUCGCUCAUGCUCUGUACCUGAUGAUCCAUCAAACAAAUAAAUAAUCCGUUCUUGAGUUUU